UGGUACCAGGCUGUUGUGAAUAGCCUUGUACCAUGUGACCUCUGUGAUCAUUCACAAAAUUUAACACAUAGUAAGCAAUGAUGUCAGGAAGUGACAUCUUUUUUACUACUGCUCAUGUGAUCACUGAGUGGCCAAUCAGGUAUCACAUGAAUUGGGACCUCACACAGAGGUCCCAUACAGCAAUCUGUUUUCCACUGUGUCCCCGGAUCAUGGCGGCGCGCUCCUGGGAAGUGCGCACAGGCAUUGGAUGCGAGGGGACGUUUAGAAGUGUCCUCGCGCAUCAGCAGCGCUCCCGUUCAGCCAUUAAUGGGCCAGACGGGAAGAGGUUAAUAAUAUUCAAUUACAAAAAAAAUUUUCAGUUAGUUAAG